UAGCCUAAUGGAUAAACAACGUGCUAUAAGCAAAUGAAAACCACGCAACUAGAAGAAGAAACAUUGGAGCUGGCUGUGUUAUGAGGGAUCGUAAACCUAUGUCAUAUUUUUCUUCUGCUGGUAUUGCACUGACUCUCACAGACAAGUCAUAAUGGGAGAGCACAAGAGGACCUUAACAGAUGUGAAAAAUGUAAUUCUUUCUGCACACGAAGACAGUGGACCACGGGAUAAAGUGUGUUUCUACAACAAGUGGGCAGAGCAAUAUGAAGAGGACGUAGCUCUAUUGGACUAUCGUGCUCCGAGUCUAGCCACAGAAUGCAUUGCGUCACACGUCCAAGGUGACAAGGGCAGUGCAAAGGUUUUGGAUGUGGCCUGUGGGACCGGCUUAGUCAGUGUUAAGCUGAGAGAAAAGGGUUUUCAGCAUUUCAGUGGCGUGGAUGGCAGUGAAGCCAUGUUGGAAGUGUGCAGGAGGACAGGACUGUAUCAGGACCUGUGGCCGUGUGUACUCGGACUUGAACCACUUCCUGUACAAGCUGAGGCGUAUGACAUUGUUGUAAUAGUUGGAGCGCUGAGCGUUGGGCAGGUUCCAGUGUCUGUCAUUGAAGAGCUGUGGGUCGCCACAAAACCAGGUGGGUACAUCUGCUUGACGACCAGGGCAAACCCUGACAACCUGGAGUACAAGGCCGAGCUGGAGCUCACUCUGGACGAGAUGACCAGAGACGGAAGCCUGGUCCGUGUGUCCGUCACUGAGGUAGAGGAGUGGGAGAGAGCCGUGCAGGAGCAUGAGACGGGGUACAUACCUGGGGCUGUGUAUCUGUACAGAAAAGCCCUGCACAGCUAGGACAUGUGGAAGACUGUUUGGACCCUCUGUGGCAUGAUAAGGGGGCUGUGAAUGAUUUUAGAUCAUUGUAAGCAAAGAGUGAAAAACAAUUGUCUGAAAAACAAUUGUAAGGUACUGUAAUGUAAAAAUGUAUAUAUAUAUUAUAUAUAUUCUUUUACUUUACAUAUAGUGUAUACUGAACAACCCUGAAAAUGGGAAAUGAUUUUGGUUUGAUUUAGAAGAUGGUAAUGUAUUGAAUAACUCUAGCUGCCAUUAAGGAGGACCAAUGCUGUUAUACACAGGACUACCACUAGAUAGAAGCAAUGAGUUACCUUUUAAUUAAUUUGUUUUGUGGAUCGUAUGCUUGGCAAGUUGAAGUGUGUUUUCAUCACACUCUAGUUCCUGCAUCUUUAGAUGUUAUGAAUGAGUGCGUGUUAUGUCUAAACAGUACACCUUUUAGAGGGAAGUUCAAGGGUUAGUUGUUGUAAUAUAUUAUAUAAUAAUUUGUUUCCAAAUGUUGGGAGAGAAAUCUGUUGUCCUAAUUAUUUGUUAUUUACCAACCAAAGGCAAUGUACAAUUAACAUAACAUUUAGUCAGCAAGGGGAAUGUAUCCUGUACAAGCUGCUAUAUGUCCUGGUCAAAUCUAUUAAUAUUACUAUACUGUGUUGUUAUAUUCUGUUUUCAUUUAGUCAGUUUUGGAUCAUUCUGUGGAGUUAAGUGUUUUUGUUCAUUUGAUACUGAAACCUUUUCUCCUUCCUCUUCUGUUCCUGUUGCCGUUUCACACUGGCCUGUUCAAAUGGGAUCAUUUCAAUAAAAAGCUGCCGAUGUAGACGACGAUAUGUUAA